GAAAAUGGAAUACGGAUGCUGAUGAAGAGUAAAACAGCAUUGAGACAACAGCCGUUGUUUUCUUCGGGAAGCCCCCAGCAAACAAUCGGCAUCCUCUUCCUCUCUGACGGCCGCCUCCUCGCCUCUCGGCUGCUUUUAUGUACUGCAAAACUACAUCUUCACUUCAGCCGCCCCAUCCUGCCGUUGCUCCGCCAGCCGCCGCCGCCUCUCGGGCUGCUGCUCUUCUCUCGAGCUCUCUCUCGCCUCGGUUGCUCGUCCCCAGCUCCUGCCGCCACCAUUCCCGUCGGCCUCUGUAGUUCAGCUCAGCCACCUUUUCCAUCUCACCAAAAGUCUGUCCUCUCUCCCUUUGCCUCUCCGGUCAUCGGCCCUCUCUCGGCUGCUUCUCCUCAUCCUGCCGUCGGCCCUCUAGUGGGGCCAGUCUCUCAUCCCGCAGGGUAUCCUUUCCCGGAGCGUAGGGCAGCAUCCUCCAGUGUUUCAAUCGAGCUCCAAAUCUUCCUCAAAUCACGGGACAUUCAGCUCAGCUUGCUUAGCUGAAAGUCGUACAGCACUAACCCCUAACUGAAAAAAAUCGAUCUUGAGAUCGAAGGAAUCGAAUCCGCAGUUUUGGGGAUUGGGUGUUUGGUUGCAAAGCUAGAGAAUUAGGGCACCGAGCGCAAUCAUGGAACUGCUGCCUUCAGAGAGAAACAACACGAGUGGACAACUCUAGAAAGAAGAAAACAUGCACUGGCUCUGCAGAGAGAUGUAGAGAGAGAGAGAGAGAGAGACGAUAACGGAGAUGGGCUCCAUUUUGCGGCUUAUCGUGAAUGUCUGCUGAGAUGUUGUUACACUUUGUACCACACCUGAUCGACGCAUGGCCUCAAAGAGGGGACUAGCACUUUAGAUUUUUUAUGAAUGAUGAGUACAUAUCUCAUGCUUCAUCGUCUCAUAGAGCAGACGCAGAGACUUAAGUUUCGUUGUUGGUCGCCUCAUGCCUUUGCUACUGCUUCGCCUUCAAGCUUGUUCUUCGAAUCCAGCUUUGUGCGGAUUCAUGUGAGGCAGAAAUCCAGUGGAGGGAGGAGACCCAAAAAGAAGAUCUACCACAGGGUCCAUGAACUUGAUCGGGUGAUGGAGCUAAGGAAGAAGCCGACCCUGAUCUUGCGGCUUAAAUCCAUCAUCCAGUCCCAGAGGAAUCAAUCUCUUUUCCUCAGGGACCUUGAGAAGCAUGUUGGCUUUGUUCAGAAAUGGAACUUCAUGUCUGUCAUUGAGAAGUACCCUUCAAUAUUCAGAGUAAGUGGUGGUGUUGGUGGAGGACCGCUGUUUGUAUCGCUCACUGAGAAGGCUGAGAGGCUCGCCGGUGACGAAGCUCUGGUGAGAGAAGCGAUGGAGCCCAUUGUAGUGAAGAAUCUGAGAAAGUUGCUGAUGUUGUCUGUUGAUUGUUGUAUACCGCUUGCAAAGAUUGAGCUUAUCGAAUCUGAGCUUGGUUUGCCUAGUGAUUUCAAGGACGUGCUCAUCCCAAAGUACCCGGAAAUCUUCUCUCUGAAGAGUGUGAAAGGGAGAGACAGUCUCCAGUUAGAGCACUGGGAUUCGGGGUUAGCUAUAACUGCACGUGAGGAAGGAUUAGCCCGGGAGGGGGUUCUCAACCAGAAUGCUGGUCGAAAGAAGGUUAGGAUAUCGAAGGAUGGCAACUAUUCAGGUCCGCAUGCAUUCAGGAUGAAAUAUCCUGCUGGUUUCAGACCGAAUGCGAGCUAUCUCGACGAGGUUGAGAGGUGGCAGAAAAUGGAAUUCCCUUCUCCAUAUUUAAAUGCAAGGAGAUUCGAAGCCACAGACCCGAAGGCUCGGAAGCGAGUGGUAGCCCUCCUGCAUGAGCUUCUCAGUUUGACCGUGGAGAAGAGGAUGACGUGCACCCAGAUGGAUGUGUUUCAUACGGAGCUUUUCCUGCCGUCGAGAUUAGUCCUCUGCCUGAUCAAGCAUCAGGGCAUCUUUUACAUCACCAAUAAAGGCGAAAGGGGGACGGUGUUCCUAAAAGAAGCAUAUGAUGGAUCGUCUAGGCUGAUAGAUAGAUGUCCUCUUGUCUUGUUUAACGAUAAAUUUGUGGAGCUCAGCGGGCAGAGAGGUCUGAGUAUCUAUGUGCCAUCGACAGGGUAGUUUUUGCCAAUACCGAAGUUUGGAGUUGGAAGAGAACUGCUUCCUUCAAGCUCAAGUUAUUAGCUGGCUAGCCAAAAUAUAGAGCCAUUUGAUAGGGACAAACAUAUCCAUAUCCAUUAAAAAAGAAGAAGAAGAAGAUAGGCACAAACAUAAUUAUUUUUCAAUUAAAAAAUUUAUAGAAUCCAAUUUAUAAUUGCAUUGGAUCAGUAUAAUAAUAUAUAAUGCUAUCAAUUUCUCCUUU